AUGGACCUACCGAGUCUGGCCGUAGUUCUUCAGGCGGCGCUCAGCCACAACCCAGAGGAGAGAAAAACAGCGGAGGAGAGCCUCAACCAGGUUGAAUCUGCCGGUGCUCAUUAUUUUCUAAAUUCAGCAUGAAUUUUUGCCCUUGGUUAUCCAGUGCUAUUGCAGAAUCUGUAUAUUUAUCGGCUAUAACGAUGAAAUUUGAAAUAUCCGUCUAGGGAUCCAUUUUAUAACUUUCUUAGUAGUUCAUGUUCUUAAUUUCAGAGUAAAGACGCAACCCAGAUCAUGAAUUCACUGAUGGCAUGCUUCUCUUUUAGGUGGCAAUAAUUUGUUUGGAUCGUAUCUUGUUAUGAUCGAUCAUUUGCCAUGGAAUCGGCAUUAAAUUUUCCUGAAUCUACGGAUGUAAUCUUGUAAGAUGUUUCAUAAAUUACACAUCUGGAGUCGUGUCCUAACGAGGACUCACCAUACACAAAUCCACAAUUAGCUUGAUCCAUGAGUUAAUCACCAUUUUCAACGGGGUGGGAGAGCUUAAUGGCCUUUUAUUUUAAAAGGAUUCUUCGGGAUAUAUUAUUGAUACAUUCACAAGGUCCCUCAAUCCUUCUAAGUAUAACUGUUACAUUUUUUGAUGUCAGAGAAUUCGCUGGGGAAAUGUUCCCAUACUGUGGAGGCUUAUUUGCAAACGUUGCUAUAAUUUUUCUACCUCAAGGACCAGUAUCCACCAGUUAUUUAAUAAAAAUGUGUCAUCUGCAUUAGAGAGAUUCUGAAUGUGCUAUAAGGCAGAAUAAUAUGAUCAGUGCAAUUGCUUCAGGUGGUUAUUGCGUGCAAGACAGAGACACAGUGCUUAGACUAAUUAUGACAGCUAUGUACACUAGCCAACAGCUCGAAAUCCUUCAAAAAAACUUGUUCUUGACGUAUCCCCAUCUCCCCCAUCCUUAAAGAGACGAGAACAAGAGAAAGGCAGAUUCAUAGAAAUGGUUCUGGACAAUUAGGGGGUACAUUAGAGUUGGAACAGAAACGCACAAAAAUCUUGAUUAAUUCUUGUGUUGAUGCCAUAUCUCCUUUUCCUUUUCUGGCUGGUUUGAUUCCUUGCAUUUCGUUAUUGGGAAACUUGUAUUUGAGAAUUUCUUGAUUCAAGAUCUUUGAGAAGCUCAUCUUCUUCUCUGCUGACCCUUUGUAGUUUCUUGGUUGCAGUUCCAGUACUCUCCACAACAUUUGGUGAGAUUGUUGCAAAUAAUUGUGAAUGGAAACUUCGAUCUUGCGGUCCGUCAAGUUGCAAGCAUUCAUUUCAAGAACUUUGUGGCUAAAAACUGGUCACCCAAUGAGCCUGGUAUGAGGUCCAGGCUUUUCAAUUAAAACGUUUUUGACUUGAACGCUGAAAUAACUGUUGUACUUAAUUACUGCAGGUGAGCCUCAGAAGCUAUCAGAAAGUGACAAAGAGAUGGUCAGGGAGAACAUUCUCACAUUUAUAAUUCAAGUGCCUCCUUUACUUAGGUAUGUUUUUAUAGAAACGCUUCCGUAUCUUGCCUGGUAUGAUUGUAUUGGCAUUUUGUGUGUCAAAGAACCAGAAACUCUGUUAAUGCAAUAUUAAUUGGCCUUGGCUGAAGAGCAACCACCACUUAUUUAUUCUCCGAAGAAAGACUUGCAUUAUUAUCGGUUCUGGACUUAGUAAGUAGUCUGCAACGUCUAUUUUGUGCAUAUGGAGCUAGAGGAACAAUUGGUUUUUCAGGAGGCAAAGUUUUCACGUGAUGUUGUGCACACUUUUUCUAGUGGUAGGUUAAGACAGCGGCCUAAGAUCGUUUAUAGAUGGGAGGGCAGCAAUCUAUCAUUUUGGCAGCUUUGGGUCACUAGCAUAGUAUGUUUUGGUGGGACCAACAGCCACUUUUGUGCUUUUUUUUUUUCAGAUUUUAAAAGUAUGCAUUAUUAUCCACUCGCAAUGCAAACAAGAUAGGUUUGUGACAUGCUCUUUCUAUUUCAGACUUUAUGCUGCUUCUAAGACCCUCAUAAUACAAUAAAUUUUCCUCUGCAAUCUAGGAGCUAAUCCGUUCACGUUUCUUUGUGCUGCUUAUCUACCACAAGUUUUCUUGAUAUAAUGUUUGGUAUGCCAUAAGUUAUAUUCUUUGUUUUUUGGUAGUAAUUUUAGUCUGUCCUUGAGUCCACGUUAUUUUAUUUGCGCUUUUAAUGGGGAAAAAAAUCCUGAAGGAGGCUAUGUUUGCCUUAUACUUCUACAUUUACAGAGCACAGCUUGGUGAAUGCCUCAAAACAAUUAUUAAUGUUGAUUACCCUGGUCAAUGGCCCAAUCUUCUUCACUGGAUAAAAUGUAACCUACAAAUGCAAGAUCAGCAAGUAUAUAGUGCUCUGUAUGUGCUGAGGAUUCUUUCCCGGAAGUAUGAGUAAGUACUGGCAUUUUUCUAAGCUCUUUGGGAUUUUUUUUUUUUCAGAUUACCCUCCCAGUGGUCUAUUCUGUAUAUUACUUUGAUCAGAACAUUCGAGCUUUUCUAUAAAUUGCGGCAAUUGCUUUCUCCGUGUCAUGAAUUAUCUUCUUUAUUCUUGGUGUGCUGUAAUAAGAAUGCCUUUUGAACUUUCAAGCCAUACUCCGUUUUGACUAUAAUUUUGUGUUGAUUUGGUGCAGUAUUGUUUACCUAUUAAUGAGAAUAAACUGUUUUGUUGAGUUGGGGGGGGGGGGGGGUUUCAGUGUAGGAAAACUACAUGCCGUGGCCAUGCAUGCCAAAGAAAAGAAAUUACAAGAUAAGAAAAAAACUUAAGAAUAACACUUUUUGAUUGAGGAAUCACAUAUGAACAGAAACGCUGGCCAAAACAAAGAUUCCUACUAUGUAAUCCGAAGAAAUAUUCAAUUCACAGAGAUCAUAAAUUAAAGGAUGAUUACUAGGCAUGUUUGAAUUUCAAAUAUGGUUACAAUUUGUAUCAUCAGAUAUGUGGAUGCAUCAAUUAAAUAUAUUUUGUUUGUUUGACUGGAUCUAGAAAAAAAAUAUCCUUUUGACAUUUUCAUGCAAUAUAUCAAGGAAGUAAGGAUCUGUUUAACAAGAGACUAACAUCAUAAAAGUAUGUAUUGCCAUUUCUUUAUAAAACGUCUCGAAGACCCUGUUUUGGAAGGGCAUUUUUUGUGGCCUUUUAUUUUAGAUCUCGAGGAAUGGUCCUCUUUAUUUUAUAUGGCAUUGUAUCUUGAAGAUACCACCGUUGUACGAUCUUUGAGACGAUACAAGAGGGAGGCAGGUGAUUCCCAGCUUUUGGAUGGAACUUUUAGUAGAAGAGAUUAAACAACAUAGAGUAUUCUGUCUUUUAGGUACGAAAACCUUUCAGAUGUAGAGUUUUAUUGAUGGAGGUGGAGAUUGGAAUGAUGAGGCAUAGUGUCUGGCCGUUGUGCUGUGAUACCGUAGAAAAUGAAGGCACCAUGUGACUUCUCAUGCCUGGAGUUUUGUGAUCCUAUAAUUGUUACAACUUUGAUGUGGAGGAUCUCAAAGUUCUGUUCCGAACAUUUCCUUGAAGUAGAAAAGUUUAAAUCUUAAUGCUGACAUGGGAUAUCUCGUGAAAGGCUUCCCACUCGUGGUUGGAAAGAUCUUCAGUGAAAAGUUUAUGAACUAUAUUCGGACUCUUUACAUGCCGGGUAUGGGUCCUUUGAAAUAUAUUAGUUGUAUAUGCAUUCUAGCAAAAUUUUGUGCAGAAACUAAUGUGUACAACAGAUCUUCAGUGGCAUUGUCUUGGUUUGCAAUAUGUUGGCAUCAGUGCUGGCUGCACAAAGGGGACGAAAAUAUUUGGUUGGUUAUCCUGUAUGUGAUCAUUCAGGAAACGUGGAAUGAGGGAAACAAUUAGAUAUUCUGGAGGCUAAGUUGCCUGGUAGAUUCAUUGAUACUUUUGAUGAAUUCAAAGUGGGCUAAGACAAGUGGUAGUAGGAGAGAAAUACCCUCCAUUUUGGAGUUGGAUUGAGUUUUUAAUAUGGCCUUCAACAUGUGGCAUGAAGUUUUCGUGAGAGCCACGUUGAUAUUGUGCAAGUAUAUCUCUUUUACGCCUUAAACUUAUAAAUGUGGUAUUAUUGGCUUGAAAAGAAGAAGAAACGGACAUGAUUUUGGAUAGCUCUUUUCCUUUGAAGAUUCAAUUACUCUUAUAUAUUUUCUUCUUUAAUGGGUUUCUAUAUAAUAAGCAAUUGUAUGAUGACUCAUUUAAUUGCUAAAGAAGAUGGGCAAACGUUGGUAUCACUAAACUAUACUGGACUUUGGAAGUCGCAUCUGGUUAGGUUAUUGAAUAGAAAAGCAUGAAAAUCAAUUUAUGUUGCCAUGGUGAUAUUGCCAACGUAUUCAUGAGCGUGAGUUUUUGACAAUCUCGAGCACUUAUUUGCAUGAUUAUGUGGGUUGCAAGAUCCUUGAACUAUCAACAUAAGAAGGUAAGCAAAUGUGGAGAUCUAAAGUGAUAAUAUGGCUAUUCUGUUGUAUGGAACGUUUCCUGCUUGUGUUUGAUUGAAGACACCAUCAUAUCAUCAGUCCGAGGAAGUAUUGUCUGCAUUUGACGUAUAUUCUCUAUUACAUUAAGGUUUAGAGUUACUAUCACACAGUUGUAGAUCUUUCUACAACAUGAGGAAUUUCUUGAAACGUUAAAUUUACCUCACAAAAGUUUGAGAGAAUAUCCGAGUAAUUGACAAAUGUUAUUUAUUAAUGUAAAAGCAUACUUUUACAUCAAUAAUCUGUAAGUUGCUAUAGGCUUGUUGCAUGUACUGAUUUAAUUUCCAUAGUAGUCUUCACAGUGCUAGAAGACAGAUUUUGUGAGGUAGAUGCACUCAUCCUUGAAGCUGGGUGACUCGGCAUUGCAUUGUCUUUGGGAGUCAAAAAAACUUGCAUAUUGGUUUGACUUGGCUUCAUCUCACGACAAGCCUUAUUUGGCUUCAUUGAUCUUAUUGAUUAAUUUGAUUUAUUCGACUUAAAUGAGUUUUAUGCACCGUAAAUGCGAACCUGUUGGCAAGAAUUUGACUUUAGGGGUACAAGAGAAAUUGGUUCAGUAUGGUGAAGUUGGCUUUUACUUUAUGAUGGUCCACUUGUUUUUGUCAAAGGCUUGGGACAUCCAAUCUAGAACCUGUUUAUUGACCUAGAGAUUAAAUCUUGAAUCUGUACUUGGACAACAUAGACGGAGCACGAUUCAUGGUUGAACUUGAAACUUUGAUACCUUUUUCUUGCUCUGUGGACAUCCUCUUGUGCUGUAUUCAUGAGGCUGACGAACUUUUUGGGCAAAGCCAUUAUCACCCUACGAUGUAUAUGUAAACUCAGGGCGUAAAUGAUAAAAGACAAAAACACCAAGUUAAACUUUCCCAUCUAAGUCAGGAUGUCACCAUAUAUUUUUUGAUCUGACUGAAAGCAGGACCUGUAUUUCUAAACCGUAAAUAUUUGUUGCCAUCUUCUGUUUUUGUCAGCUGUCAUUUAAUUUAUUUGAUUAAUUAAUUUUCUGUCAGUUUCUUUUUAUGCAAAUAUCUCAUGUUCUUUGUACUAAACCUCGUCUCUUUUUUACGAUGAAGAUUCAAAUCGGAUGAUGAAAGAACACCUCUUUACUCAGUUUUGGAGGAGACUUUUCCUUAUCUACUUAAUAUAUUUAACGGGCUUGUUCAAAUCGGCGAUCCCCCUCUGGAAGUGGCAGAAUUGAUCAGACUCAUAUGCAAAAUAUUCUGGUCUUCAAUAUAUGUACGUUUUUAAUGAAGUUAUCCUCGUAAUUCAGAGUCGAGUGAUAUGUACUCAUCUCUUUUACUUUCUUACCGUGCAGUUAGAGAUUCCUAAGCAACUGGUUGAGCCCAACAUUUUCAAUGCUUGGGUGAUACUUUUUCUCAAUCUAUUGGAACGAGGUGUCCCAGUAGAGGGACAACCAUCUGACCCAGAACAUAAAAAAUCGUGGGGAUGGUGGAAAGUUAAAAAAUGGACGGUUCACAUAUUAAAUCGUCUAUAUACUCGGUAGGUUAUUUGCUUGUUUAUAAUUUGAUUGUUUUAUUCUGAAUGUGAUUUUGAUUUGUUUUAUUUAUAUAUUCAACUUAUAGGUUUGGGGAUAUAAAGGUUCAGAAACUAGAGAACAAAGCAUUUGCCCAAAUGUUUCAGAAGAAUUAUGCUGGAAAAAUCUUGAUGUGCUACCUGCACAUUCUGAAUGUUCUCCGUACAGGGGAAUAUCUGCCUGAUAGAGUCAUCAAUCUUCUCCUUCAGUAUUUGAACUGCAGGUCAGUCCUUUUUUCUUCGAGGAGCAAAGAGUUGGGGUUGUAACUGAUCUCGUUCUGCUGAUUUUACCCCUCAAACUCCAUCGAAUGGUGAACACAUGGAAACAUUGAAUGGUGAAAGAGGCAUAGAGGGUGGAGGGAGACAUAACUAAAGUGUUCAUUUUCAAAUUUCUCUCUUGUCUAAGUUGUACAUUUUAAGUACCCAUGACGAAGUCUUUCAAGAAGUGUAACCUUCUGUUACAUUUUUCUUGAAAUAAAAUUUUGAUAUCAAUCAUUUCCUGAACUGAUUAUGUGAGUUUGUAUUUAUCUCACUGCAGUAUUUCGAGGAACAGUAUGUAUCAGUUACUGUUGCCGCAGCUUGAUAUUCUUGUUUUUGAGAUAGUUUUCCCACUUAUGUGUUUUAAUGACAAUGAUCAAGCGUUAUGGAAUGAAGAUCCUCAUGAGUAUGUUAGGAAAGGUUAUGGUGAGUCUUAAUACUUCAUUAUUACACUUUUUAAAUUAUUUAAACUAUGAAUUAAAUAUUUGGAAUGAAUCGCAUAUUUUACCACAGAUAUUAUUGAAGAUUUGUACAGUCCACGAACAGCAGCUAUGGAUUUUGUGAGUGAAUUAGUAAGAAAACGUGGAAAAGGAAAUCUUCAAAAGUUUAUUCAGUUCAUUGUAGAGAUUUUUAGGAGGUAAGAUGAUGCUUCACCUUACAAUAAAGCAAUAACUACGGUUUUGUUCUGCACUUGAACUGAAGACUGUGGCCCUUUUUCUUUGUUUUCCAGAUAUGAUGAGUCUUCUAUAGAGCUUAAACCAUACCGUCAAAAAGAUGGCGCUUUAUUAGCCAUCGGAUCAUUAUGUGAUAGACUGAAACAGACUGAGCCUUACAAAUCAGAGCUUGAGCAUAUGCUCGUGCAACAUGUUUUUCCUGAAUUUGACAGCCACGUUGGGCAUCUCAGAGCAAAGGUUUACUUUGCCUUUUGUUCUUUUUAUAAUUUUGUUGUUUUAUGUGAGAAUUCCUUAUCUUUUUGUGCUUUUAUUCAUGUCAUGUUAUGUCAUUUGGUGACAAGAAACGUGCCAUGCAAUCCGGACUUAUAUAUAAAUGGGUGAUCUUAGCUUUUUUUAUAUUGCCAUUGAUAAUUCUGUUGUUAUAUCUUAGAGUCUGUUAUGUUUUUGUGCUUAUAUUCAUGUCAUGUUGUGUCAUUUGGGGACAAGAACUGUAUCAUUCAAUCCCUUUUUGUAAUUAUCAGCAUUUUGUUUUUUAAUUUUUUGAUUGGAAUACACAAAUCAUUCAUCCUUACAAAUCUCAGGCUAAAAGUAUGUGCUGCAAAAUAAGAUAAGAGAACUGGGGUUUUAUUCAAAGUCGUAUUUUCAUGACAGCACGAAUUAUUAUUUCAUGUCCUUUUCCUAAGCAUAUGUUGUUUCGAGUUGAGCCAUUAUUUUUUGCUUUCUUCUUUCUUCUUUUCGCCUAGGAUUUUUUCCUUCUUCAUGUUGAUGUGUCGGUUUUCAAAUGCUCUUUUGUAAUAGGUUGCGUUGUUGUAAAAUUACAUUCUGGAAUCAGCAAUUGUAAAAUAAACCUAAAGAUGCAUUGUAUCUCAAGUUGUGCUCGAGAAACAUAAAAGUGGUAGCACACACAACUGAGUGGAGAAGAAAAUCACAAUUUUAAGAUUGGUCCUGAAAAUGCCAUAAGAUUUAAAGCCCUCCUUCCUCGUGCUCUUUUUUUUUCUUGAAUGGGAAGAAGUACGAUAUGAAUGACAGUGUAUAUAUCUAUUUAAGCAACAGAGGUCUCCUCUGAUCUUCUCCUUUACCUGCCCUCGUCUCUCAUUCGUCUAUAAUCAGGCAAUGUUUGAAGUUUGCUUUGGAAGGAACGUGGGGGUCAUAAGAUGCACCAUUCAUUUUUGCCCCUUAGUCCGCCAUUUGUCUAUCACUGUGUGAUAGAUAUGCCAUUCCCAAUCAACGACAGUAAUCAAUUGAAUUCGUCUUCUCAAGUAAUUAAUAAAAUAAUUAAAUAUAAUUAAAACAUACCAUAGGCUUUUGAUUUUCACGCCUAGAAAACUGCUUUUUCUAUUCUUCCUGGUAAACAAAAAUAAUUCCAGAGUUGUCGGUCUCUAUGUCUUUCUUUCAUAAAGCAUGGGUGGUUACACAAGCAGUUCAUAUUAAAAAAAGUCAUUGUAGUCAUCAUGCAAUAAUCUAUUGUUGAAUGGAAAAUCUUUGGCCAUUCUGUGGGUAUUGCAUUGGCAACAUUCUUGACAUUGUUUAUUUGGGGAAUAGUGUUAUUGCAGGAUGUAUAUAUCGCAUUCCUGUUGUAAUCUUCUGUUCAUGUUUUCCAGAACUUCUUUGGAAAGAUAUAUUCUAUUUCUCCAAAUGUUAGUUCACUUCCUUGGGAUUUCCACUAGUGGAUCUUGUGCUUACUUCUGUUCUAGUAAAAAUGAAACUUUUACAUUUCAAUACUUGUUCUGUUAAUACUGUUAAGCAGUUAAAAAUUAUGGGAAAAAUGUUGAUUCUUAUUUUUACUUGAAUUUGACUUAUUUUCCUUUUCUGGUUUAUUAGGCAGCAUGGGUUGCUGGCCAAUAUGCUUAUAUUAACUUUUCAGACAAGAACAAUUUUCGACGAGCCCUACAUAGUGUUAUUGCUGGGCUGCGUGAUCCAGAGCUUCCUGUACGUGUUGACUCGGUCUUUGCGUUGCGCUUUUUUAUUGAUGCUUGCAAGGGUAUAUUUUCUUUACUAAAUAUCUGUUCCAUCUUUAUUCUUUGGACUUGGAUUAAUUCUUUUUCUUUGCAGAUUUGAAUGAAAUUCGUUCUAUGCUACCUCAGUUGCUUGAUGGUGAGUGGUUUAUAGAUUCUUCUCAGGCUACCAUCAUUUGUACUCUCCAUUUAUCUGAUAGUAUGUUUUAUGGUAUAUUCAGAGUUCUUUAAGCUAAUGAACGAGGUCGAAAAUGAGGACCUCGUUUUCACUCUUGAGACAAUUGUAGAUAAAUUUGGUGAAGAGAUGGCACCAUAUGCUAUUGGUCUAUGCCAGAAUCUGGUAAUUUUUUUGCACAUUUUACAUUUUUAGCUUUUGAAAUCUCUCAUAGUCACUCUGGUAACAUCUUAAUAAUUCUUGAUUGCUAGGCUGCUGCAUUUUGGAGGUGUAUGGAUAAUUCUGAGGGUGAUGAUGAGAGUGAUAACCCUGGUGCUUUAGCAGCAGCUGGUUGUUUGCGUGCCAUAAGUACAAUUCUCGAGUCUGUAAGCAGGCUUCCACAUUUAUUUAUCCAGAUUGAGCCUACCCUUUUACCUAUAAUGAAGAGGAUGCUGACCAUUGAUGGUCAAGGUAUUUAGUUUUUAUAAGCCUAAUGCUUCCUCUGUGUUGUUUUUUCAAUUGAAGGCGCUUUUGACAAAUAAUUGACGAGUCUGCUGACUUGAAUUCACGUCCAGUUUCUUGGAAUUAAUGUACAUUAGCUUGAUUAACUGUCAUUCCUUCAUUGUUUCAAAGCCAUUAUUCCCUUAUGCGCCUUUUGUUCUAUGGGAUAAAGUACGUGCCUUUUAUUUUUCCUUUCUGGGGAAGGGAGUCGUAGCAGCAGUUUCUGUUAUAAAUGCCAUUUUCCGGUUCAGUAAAUCAUCUUUCAAUUCGUAUGUCGAUUGUUUUCCAUGUUCAUUUUAAUUAGUAUAGAUAUCUUAGACAGGGUUUCAGACACCAAUCCUAGGUUUCAUUUCUUCAUCUAUACUUUCCCUCUUAUGUUCUAUGUACCAAGAUGGUAGAUUUAAUAUAGAUAAAUUAUGGUAUCCACACCCCUUUUUUAAAAUUACCUGGAUAGAGAACUAGAAGUGGUUUUCUUAACUGGUUGGACCAGAUAAAUUUUAGAACAAAAUAUACGGAAUGCUCUUUUCCCCUCUUCAUGGAUUGGAGUCAUCAUCAAAAAAGUAGUGCGUGGAAGUAAAAUAUUAUUCGGUUCCUCUCAAAUUGUUGGAAAUUCUUUUUAAAUGUUCAUAAUAUGGGCGAUCUGCUAGCCAGAUAUUGUUAUGAGCACAUAGUUGUUUUAUGACAUCUCAGGUACUCCCUUUAUGGUUAUUAGUUCCACAAACAAUGGAUUUGCCUAAGGGGAACGCGUCAGUGAUAGCUGCCUUGGCAUGGCUCCUAUCAUUGAUUUUUCUGUUCUAUAUUAAGCUUGCAUAUUGACUAGAAAAAAAAUGUUGCUUCCUUUUCUAACGCUAUACAAUCCUUACUAUUUCUGUGAAUGGAGUAAUUGAACCAUAUUCUAACCACAGGAAUUAUCAUAUAUCUAGCCUUUAGCUUAAGGUAUGUAUGAAUGAUCAUCACGAUUUGGAUAUCUUUUCUACCCGAGCAGCAUUUUUCUCAACUUCCAUGCGUGUCUUCUACAUUUUACAUUGUAAAUGCUUAGUUAGCCAAUUAAUAAAGGUGAGCAGAUGAUAAACCCUUUCCAUUUAUUGCCAUGUAAUCAUCAACUUAUCUCUUCGAGGAAUUGAUUUGUGAUUGAUUGUGUCUUUUGUCUCAUGGAUUUGAAAUCUGAAUAUUAUUCUGAUUUCAUUUUUUGAAUUCUUCAGAGGUUUUUGAGGAAAUUUUGGAGAUUGUUUCCUAUAUGACGUUUUUUUCACCAACAAUUUCUUUGGAGAUGUGGAGUCUUUGGCCAUUAAUGAUGAAAGCACUUGGAGAUUGGGCUAUAGAUUUCUUUGAUAGUAAGUCUUACAUGACUAUAAUCAUUUAUUAUUUAUGUCCCUUUUUGCUUGCUUAUCAAUCUAUUGAAUUUUGAACUUUUUUUGCCUACUUCCAUUUCACUUGCCGUUACCUAAUCAACUUGUCAGGCUUAACAAAAGUUUGAUUAUAUGGCAAAUUGUUUGGGAGAUAAAGGCUUAACAAAUGGAUUAGGUAGAGUUGUCUUGGUUUGAUUCUGAUUUAAACUAGUGUCAGGCUGCUGCUGGUUCGGACUCCCCCAAAGAGACCUAGCCUAUACAUGGUUAAUCUAAAAUAAAAAAUCCAAUCACAAUCUAGUCUGCAAGCCAGCAAAUCAACGAUUCCAAUUUUUCUCUCACUUAUUUAUUUUUGAAAGUCUGUCUCUCCUUUAUAAUCAUGUUUCUAAACUCCACUAUACCUUGUUUGCUUUUUUCUUUUUAAUUGGGACACACAACCCUGAGAAAGAUUGUAGUUUUAACUUGACUGAUUAAAUUUUGCUUGUUAGUCAAACUGGCCAUUGUGAAAAUGGUUGAUCUAAUUUGUGUUUGUAGUUAUUUUUAGUGUAUCCAUAACUUUCCCUUUAGAUGUAGAGCUGUGGUGAAAUGUUUUUGUUGAGAAUUGAUCUUGACUUAGAAAAAUGGGACGUUCGUUGGCUGGGGAUUACGCCUGCUUAUUUAUCAAGGUUGAAGCAACCUAGUAUUCUUGCAACUUGGAGAAUGAAAGGAGUCGAUCUUCUUGAUCCUCCUCUUCCAGGAUGAUGAAUCAGUUACCACUUCUUGGAGUAGAGUUUCCGUAAUCCAAAAAUCUCACAUCAAUUAUCUUGGUUUCCCGCUUAAGUACGGGUUACAUGAAUGAAGUGGAUUUGUUAACAGUCUAAUGGAUCCACUUAACAUAGGGAAUGACAGAGAAAGACGAACAUACAGUGAAAAAAAACAUAUAGAAAGGAAAAACAAUCCUAAAGAGUUCAAUGUCCCCUCUCAAGUUGGGUAUGGAUGUUUUCCAUGCCCAACUUGGACACCAUCCUUUGAAAUAUUGUGAGUCCCUUUGUGAAUAUGUCAGCAACCUAUUAUGAUGUCGCAAUAUAUAUCAGAUCUACAUCUUCUCUUUUUGCUUUUUCUUUGACAAAAUGUUGAUCAAGUUCAAUAUGCUUAGUCCUGUCAUGUAGUAGUCACAAAAUAAUUUCAUAUGACGUCCAGCAGACCUUGAAUCCAUAAGCCUGCACAUAUCUCUUGGGCCAAUGUCCUGAAUUCUGCUUCAGCACUAGAUCGUGCAGCUACUUGUUGCUUCUUGCUUCUCCAGGGGACAAGAUUUCCACAAAUAGAUGUACGAUAGCCCGAUGUCAAUCUACGAUCUAUAAUAGACCCGACAUAAUCAACAUCGGUGUAGAUUUCAAUAGAUUGAUUCCCUCAUUUUUUGAAUAGAAUGCCCUAAUGUCUUUAAAUACUCUAACAGUCAAUAUGUUACUUGUAGGUGAUCUCCCUUGGAUCAUUCAUAUGCUGACUGAGUAAAUUCACUACAAAUGUUAUAUCCGGACGUGUAUGAUUUAGAUAUAUCAACCUCCCAAUCAACCAUUGAUAUGAGCUUUUGCCCACUUGAUCCGAGCCUUUACCUUCUCCCAAACUUAGGUUGGGAUCAAUUGGAGUGCCAGCAGGUUUACACUGCAAUUUUUCAAUCUCUUGAAGUAAAUCAAGAAUAUACUUGUGUUGAGAAAGAAAUACACCUUUUUGAAUAUGCAACCUCAAUUUCCAAGAAAUAUUUUAACCUUCCUAGGGAUUUGGUAUGAAAUUCCCUAGCUAGAUUCUGGCCAAGGCAUUUAAUCUCCUCAGUAUCAUCUCCUGUUAUGAUGAUAUCAUCUACAUACACAAUUAAGGCUGUAACCUUGCUUUGGUCACCGUGUUUAAUGAAAGUGUGAUCCCCAUUGCUUUGUAUGUACCCAAAUCCUUUCAUAGCUUGAGUGAAUCUUCCAAACUAGGCUCGAGGUGAUUGUUUUAAGCCAUAUAGAGAUUUCUUCAACCUGCAAACGACAUUAUUUUGAUGGGUAAAUGUGUAACCUAGAGGUACAUUCAUAUAUACUUCCUCUAAAUUUUCGUGAAGAAAUACAUUCUUCACAUCAAAUUGAUGCAUUUCCAUCCUAGAUUUACUACCAAUGCUAUAAGUAUUCAGAUCGUAUUCAACUUUGCAAUAGGAGCAAACAUUGCAAAAUAAUCAAUUUCUUAAGAUUUUGAAUAGCCUUUAGCCACCAACCUUGCCUUUUAUCUUUCCAAUAUUCCAUCAGCUUUAUACCUAGGGAGUAUAUAAAUAUACCCACUUGCAGCCAACCACCUGUUUUCCUAAAGGCAAAGAGACUAAGUCCCAUGUACAAUUCUUCUCUAGUGAAUCAAUCUAUUCUUCCAUAGCAUGACACUAUUCUUUGUGUGACAUGGCUUCUUCUACUAUCUUGGGGAUAAUAAUUGUCUUCAGGGUCAUGAGAAAAGCCUUGUACAAUGAUGUUAACCUAUCAUAUGAUAGGUAGUUGAUCAUAGGAUAGAAUGGUUUAUUUAUACAACUUCUCUUUCCUUUGCUUAGAGCAAUUGGCCAAUUUAGUUGCUCCUGAUCAAUGGCUUCAAUGAAUUGAUGAUCCUCUUCUUGAUCAGUAUUGUAAAAUUUGAGAUUUGUCUCUGGUACUUAGACUAGUUUCUUAUGUUGGUUCUCUCUGUAGUGCAAGUAAAUCAUUCAUCUCAGUUGGUAUUUUGUCUCUCCACUCUAGGUCGUCUCCUAUACACUUGUAUUUCUUUGAUUCUAGGAAUGGGUGUCUCCUGAAUCAUGAAUUCGUUUUGUCCUGUGACUUAGUGGCAAGAAUCAGGUUCUCUAAUUCUUGUGGGUUUUUCAUCCCAUAAUAUGGUUCCAACAAAUUAAAAGUCAAAGUAGCUAAGAUGAAGAAUUUUUUAGAAGCAGGAUAAUAGCACUUUUAACCCUUUUGUGUAGUUCAGUACCCAACAAAUAUGCACUUUAUAGAUCGUGGAUCAAGUUUUCUUACUAUGCCUUGAGCAUGAACAUAAGCAGUACAUCCAAAUACCCUUGGACAAAGAUGAGUCUUUAGUUUCACAUGAGGAUAGAAUUUACUCAACAGUUUCAUAAAACUAUGAUAUUCCAGUGUUUUUGUUGGAAUCCUAUUCAGAUGAGUACUAGUGAGGAUAACUUCACCCUAAUAUUGUCUCAGAACUUUUUAUUGAAACAAAAGAGGUCUAGCUGUAUCUAGUAAGUGUCCGAUUUUUCUCUCAGUCAACCCAUUUCGUUUGGGUGUAUUGGCACAAGAUGACUCAUGAAUUAUCCCUUUCUGAUUAAAGUAAGAGGACACAACCAAAUUAAAAUAGUCUCUAGUAUUAUCUGAUUUAAACCUCUUGACAAUAGUUUCGAAUUGAUUAUAGAUUAUUUAACAAAAAGAUUUCACCACUUGGGUGGCGUCUGAUUUUGAUUUUAGGAGGUAAACCCAAAUAAACCUAGUACAGUCAUCAACAAACAAGGUAAACCACUUGGAUCCAUACAAGCUAGUCAUAGGUGCUGGCCCCCAAAUAUCAUUGUGUAUACGAUAUAAAGGGAUUGUACUAAUGUUCACCAGCAUUUCCAAAUGAGGAGCAUUUGUGUUUGACCAAUUGGCAAGCGUCACACACUAGAAUUUUCGCAUCAACACUUUCAAACAUAGAAGGAAACCAUGUUUUUAGGAAAUCAGAGCAAGGAUGUCUAACACUAUAGUGUUGUAACAGGAUACUAUUCUUUUUGUGUUCACUGGCUCCACUCCAAGGUGACUGCUGUACAUACAUAGUUGCACAAUCAUUCUCUUCUCAGUAGAGUAAGCCUCCUCCUUCCUUAACAUGUCUAAUCGUCUGCCCUGAGACCUUGUCACACAAUGAACAUCCAUCGUCCUCAAAUGGAACGACAAUUGAUAUCUCUUUAACAAGUUUCUGCGGUGAAAUCUAAUGAGCCUUUAGUUUAGGCACAUGUAAAAUAUUUCCUAAAAUGACUAAAAGAUUUAUUUUCAAGUUCCCAUUCCCUUCAACUGGUAGAAUCUCACCACCAGCAGUAAUAACUUUCCUCUGCCCAUCACAUUUCAUAUAAUCCACAAAUUUGCACAUAUUUGAGGUCAUUUGGUAUGUGGUGCCAGACUCAAGUAUCCAGGAAAAUUUAGAAAAAUAGUGGAAUGCAUAUGAUUUUGAGAAAAAAAUAUUCUCACCUGAUUGAGAGUCAGGAUGUAGAGCUCAGCAUAUUCUUGAGUUUCUCUACUUUCUCUCUCAAUCUUUCAAAUUCAUCACCCUUCUGCUGAUUACUAGGAUUGGGAGGUUCCUUUAUUGUAGAUUGGCUUCUAUAGUCUCUAUUUGUUGAGAAGUAGCCACAUACGCCCUCCCUUGUUGAGGUGGUCAUCCACGUAGUUUCCAGCAGUUUUCUCUAGCAUGCCACUUCUUCUUGCAAUAUGAACACCAAAGGUUUUCUUUGUUAUCCCACUUUUGGUAUCUUCCUUGUAAUGCAGUGAUUUGGUUUUGAUUUCUCUCAUUUUUCUCUAAUUGAUUCCCUUGAUCUUGCUUGCUGGAGGGUAAGGCUGUUGACUCAUUCUUCCCAGUAUUGAGUAGACUCAAAUCUACUCUCCUCUUCCAUACAAUCUGGAUAGCUUCAUCUAGAUCAGGUAUCUUCUCACGAUGUAGAAUUUGACCCUUGAGACUUCCAUAAUCAGAGUUCAGUCUCAUUAGAAAUGUAUACAUUUUGUGUUUCAAUGUAUACAUGUGCUCCUCAAAACUAGGAUUCUUUACUGGCCAAUAAUGGUCAAUCUCCCUCUAUAUAGCCUUUAAUUCACACGAAUAUUCCAUAAUUGAUUUACUUGCACUAAAUGUGUUGCCUUAGACACCAAGUCAUAAAUACUCCAAUCAUUGUGUUUCUUUGAAUAGCUUUUGUGAAUUUGAUCCCACAAUUCUUUCACCAAGUUCAUGAAUAGAAAACUCAUCUCUAGCGUCAUUGUACUUAGCAGCCAUGUAUGGAUAAUAGCCUCAUCUGAUUUUCAUCCUUUAUAUUUUCGAUCUGUUUGCUUCAAUGAUUCUUCUAUAAGGUAAUCUGUUAAGCCUCUUCUAAGAAGUGUCAGAUCAAUAAACUGCUUCCAUUGAUGAAGAUUUAUCCCAUUGAAUCUAAGUUUCUCUGAGAUAUUUGGGAGAGUAUGAUAUAGUCUCUCCCUUUCUCCAAUCAUCACUGGAGAUGAUACAAAUUCCAUGGAUGACGAAGAGCCUUCCCUUGAAUGCAUUAUGAAAGUCUUUUCCCUUUGUAACUUUCAGAAUGCCUCAGUUCACUACUUGUAGAAGGUUUCUUUCUUCCUUGGUGUUGCUCCAACACAGAACAAGAAAAACAAGAUUCAAGAAACAAGAACGAGAAGUAUCUGAUCCUACCAGAAUGAGCACUGCUCUGAUACCAUGUUGAGAAUUGAUCUUGAUUGAGAUUCUUACAACUUGGAGAAUGAAAUGAGUCAAUCUUCUCGAUUCUCCUCUUCCAGGAAGACGAAUCAGUCACCACUUCUUGGAGCAGAGUUUCUGUAAUCCCAAAAUCUCACAUCAAUUAUCUUGGUUUCCCGCUUAAAUAUGGGUUACAUGAGUUAAUGGGCCAGGUCCAUUACAUUAGUCUUUAAGUGGAUCCGUAAGAGUCUAUGAGUAAGGGUUGCUAAUCAUAGAUGUUGACUAGUGCAGUGGGGCUACACAGCAUGGCAGAGUGAUUUGAGUUUUUGAUGUGCAAGAGGGCAUGUUUUAAUCUACAUGCGACACAGCAACAUAAUGGUUGGAUAGCUAAAAUACUGUCUUUAAGAACUUGUGAGCAAAGGAAUGCUUUACUGUCAUUUCAUUUGUACCCUUCUAUUACCCUUCAACUUCAGUUACUAUCUAAAUUACAAUUUGAUUUUAGCACUAGAGCCCUUAAAGGGAUUUGAUGCCAGUUUAAUUUGAAGGAGGUCUCAGAGGAAAUGAUUUCGAUGUAGUUAAAUUGAAUAUUUUCUCCGCUUUCAUUCAGCUUCAGCAAAAUGUUAUGAUGUAAUCAUCCGAAAAAAAACACACGAGAAAAAAACAGCAAAGGCUCCCAAAAUAGAGCAUCAUAAAUAUGCGUAUCCUCUCAAGUAAAGGAAGGGACUGAUGCGUGGAGACUGCCUGGAUUAACUUUAUUGAUGUUUUAUUUGUGAUUUUAUUAUUUUGAGGACAACAGAUUGUUAGGUUACAUGUGAAAGAAAUUAUCUAAAUAAAAUAUGUUGUGAGUGCUACCAUUCAUUCUAUUUUAUGCUAUCACGGUUUCUUUUCUACCAUUUUUUUUCUCCACCAAUUUGAAACUUAUGCCACGUUCUUUUAUUAAUCCUCAACAAAUGAAAGAUACUACUGUCAUUUGAUGGAAGAUCAAAGUAAAAAAUGACAUGGAGCUAGUGUGAUAUUUGGGACACAAGUUUUUUUAGUUUUUGAAGAAGAAAGAUAAGUGAAAGCCUUCUUAAAUAGUGUCUUUUAAAGAAAAUUCUCAUUGUGGAGCAUAGGUAGUGUAAUGAAAAUGUUCGUUGAAGUUCCAGCCAUCAAUUUCCUUUACUUUUAUUAUUUUCUGACGUACCUCCAGUAAUUUCGCCUUCUGAUCUUCAAGAUCUUACAAAGUUGUUAUCUUGUAGACAUUCUUGUUCCAUUGGACAAUUACAUAUCUAGAAGUACAACUCAUUUUCUGACGUGUAAGGAUCCAGAUUACCAGCAGAGCCUUUGGAAUACUCUUUCAACUGUAAGUUCCAAAAGAUCAGCUUUCUCUUUGAGAAUUUUUUUUCUACCCUAUGCUCAAAUUAUUACUCUAAAAGUUCUGAAUGAAUGGUGUACUUUUACUUUUCAAUUCUUAUUCAUUCUAUGUAUCACGCAGAUCAUGUCAGAUAGAAAUAUUGAUGAUGCUGAUACUAAGCCUGCUCCAAAACUUAUUGAAGUCGUUUUCCAGAACUGCAAAGGACAGGUGAAUCAAUGGGUUGAGCCAUAUAUUAGGAUCACAGUUGACCGUUUGCGAAGAACAGAAAAACCAUAUUUGAAAUGCCUGCUGAUACUAGUGGUAAGAUUUUAUAUGUGGAGACUUCUUCUAGUUCGGAAGCUUCUCUUUCAUUUCUUCUCGUAUGUUAAUUCUUUUCAACUGUACAGUAUAUGUUGAAUGCUUAAGAACAGCUUCAGUCAUUUCCUCUAAUUUUAUUGAUGCAAUAUCUUUCCAAGUAGAAUAGUCUUAUAUAUUUGCAAUAUUAUGUCAUGACUGAUUGAAUCUGAAUCAGUUCUAUCGAAGGUCAUACUAGAUGAAAUCCAUUUGAAUUGGAUUAAUUCAAAAUAAAAUUAUAUCUGAGUCAGAUAAUAUCCGUCUGAACAGGAUCAACUUUCUUCCUGUUUCCCUUUUUAGUUCAUAAUUUCGGAAAAAUGUGUGUUUGCUCAUUUUGCAUCUGAGAUCAAAAUAAAAUCUUGUUUAAAAAUUGUAAAUAAGGACAGAAAUUGUAAAUAAGGACUAGUAUUGGCCUAAAACGAAAGGGGACUCUUUAUUCUGAUAUUAAUUUGAAAAAAAAAAGCAUGGACACUGGCACGAUGUAGUUAUUUUAUUCCUAACAAAUGAGCAAAGUACAAAGAUUCAUGCCACCAUUCAUGACUAUCUCAUCAUCAUCAUCAUCAUCAUGGAUUUCACACUCGCAGUCAUGAUAAAGCUUCUAUCUUUCUAUCUUUCCUAUUUCCAUGCAGAAUCAUAUCUAACUCCUGAACUCCCUCCUUGGAAUACGAAAAAGGAAACUGAAUAAAGUAAAUUUUUGUAUCUUUGAGAGAUUGAAGUUACAUGUUUUUGAGCAGAAUUGCAAAAUCACACUUUAAAGAUAUGAGGCAUUCGUUCAGCCGUAGAAGUCAUAGGAUUUCCAGCUGUCCCUUUGCCAAGAGAGUUGUGCUGUUUCAAAGUUUGUGUCUCUCUAAAGUUCAUCAUAUCAGGGGAUAUUAAUACCUGUUUGAAGAUAUAGUUGUUUCGAUUUUAGUUUUGUUCUGAGGGAGAAAGUCAAUAAAAAGGGUGACUGAAACUCUUUUUUUAGUUUUAGUGGGUGAAAAGUUUAUGCCUCUUUUUCAAAAAAAAUAUUUGUAUACAGAAAUUCAGACUGUGGGUUUUGGUGGGAACUUUCUGACUAAGCUCAAGUUAUGUAAGAAUGAUUUGAAAGUCUUUAUUGCUCUUUUGUUCCAGGAGAUUUAAUCGCCUGUUGGCUGUUUGGUUUAUCCUAUUUAAUUAUGACGAAUGCAGGGCAUUCUAUCUGCUACCAUUCUGUCACUUGUACCGUUGAUUCGACCAUUUGCAUUCUUUCAUAGACAAGUUCUUGAUAAUUGAAUAUGGUGGAAGAAUAGAUGAAUCUCGUAACUGAGUGGUAUUUACUGAUUGUCUUCUAAAUGAGGAAAUUAUAUUUUCUAAAACACCAUUGAAUCUGACAUUGAAGGUGUAAAAUCAAUCAUAUCUCCAGUUACCUAACAUCAGAUGUUGCAAAUUACUUCGGCAGAUGCGUUGGUUGAUUGUUUUACAGAUUUGGUGUUUAUUUUCUUAUGUUCGCUCAUGCUGAUUUAGAGACAUGAUUUUUAUUUGCAGAUUGCUGAUGCACUUUAUUACAAUCCAUCUCUAACUCUUGCUACACUCCAAAGGCUUGGCGUUGCAACAGAAGUUUUAAGCCUUUGGUUUCAGAUGCUACAACAAGUUAAAAGGAAUGGAAAGCGUGCGAACUUUAGAAGGUAGUCUCAUCUUUUGCCUUGUCACCUACUUUCAUUGUGUCUCAUCCCAAUGUUGUAGCAUAAGCCUCUUUUGUUCUGGCAGAGAACAUGAUAAGAAGGUUUGCUGUUUGGGAUUGACUUCGCUCAUGAUUCUUCCUGCGGCUCAGUUACCUGUUGAAGCAUUGUCACGAAUAUGCCGAGCAACGCUUGAGUUAUUGGUCUUAUACAAAGAUCAAGUAGCAGGUGCCACUUGCUUCAGUAAAGUUUCCAUCUUAUAUACUUGAGAAUUUCAGAAGAAAGGCUUCCACAUUUUGAGUUAAUUUUAAGUUCUGAGUGCCCAAUGGCACAUACAUUUGCUAGUGGUUGAGCAUUAUCUUAAAGUGUCUUGCUUUGUCUCUAUUACCAUUCAUAUUUUCGAUGAUCAAGAGACUGAAUUAUCUCUAUUAACAUUCACAUACUGAAUUGGUAUUACCAUAAAAGUAUGUAGACAUAGUAUAAGGACCUUGUGUUGGCUAUUUAUAAUACAAUCUUGCAUGUGGUCGAACAUUAUGUUAAAUUCCGUCUCCAUAUUCCCUGUUAGCAUUCAUGUUUAACGUGAUCAAGAGACCACACCAAAUACAUUGAUAAAAAUUUAGAUUAUAUCCAAAAGACCAUGUUGACGAAUUAAGGAUAGCCUGCAUUUCUCCAAUUUUUCCUCAAGGUAUUUCUGUCAUGAGCCCUCUGAAGAUGUACAGCAAUUGUGGUGAUUAAAAGUGGAUUUCCUUUGCAGUCCACUCAGUUUUUCACAGCUCGUUUUACCCACUUGUUCUUUUUUCUUUCAUGUGAGCGAUUAUUUUUCCCCAAAACUCAAGCCGUGGGAAGACCUUGCUAUUUCAUUAAUGAACUGAUAAAUCCAUCGUAGUUCUACUCUAGCCCCAGCAUCCUUAACUUCAAACUUCUGAUGGGGUCCAGUACACCGGUGCUGGUUUUCUGAUGGGCUCUAUAUGCCCUCAUCAUCAAUUUACUGGAUAGUGGCAGCAGCUGCGUGGAUUACCCAUCUGCCCACUUUGGGCCAUAUUUUGGUUCUCCUUCAAUUCCUAGUGUAGAAGUUAAUGAUUGAUUACAUCGGUCUCCACUGGCGGGGGGGGGGGGCCUUGUCCUCACGUCUGGAGCAGGAUCAUACAUUCCCCCCCCUCUCCCCGCCAGUUAUGGUGUCUGCAUCAGUUCCCAGUUCAGAGUCCUGUUUGUGUGUAUGAUCAGGCCCACUCUGGUAAACGGUUGGUUCAAUGAAGCACUCGGACUGUUUUUCUCUGUUCACUGUCGAUGAUAGUCUUACGAAUUAAGAAACGUCUGCUUAAGUGAGAGCAUACAGUUAUACUUAAGGCUAGAGAGCUCGUUCUAACUUGUGCUAUAUCCGUGAUAUCUCGCUGAUUUUUCUGGCUGUGGUUCAUGCAUACAGGCUUUUUGUCAAGAUUGGAGAAUUUUGUUUAUUAUAUAAUAAUAACCUUCCCCAUCGACCUAGUCUGCCAGUCAUGCAUCUAGAAAGGAAGAAAAACGUUAUAAAUCAAGUAAUGAUUGCCUUCAAUUAUGUUGCGCAACUGACUUCCACUUACCUUCUAUCUUGUGUUUUCCUUUUAGAAACUCUGAUGAUUUGUAUCUUGGUGUUUAUGCUUACUGGGUUAUUUUAUCCUGAUAUUUUUCAUGUGGAUAGAAUCCAAAAAUGAAACUGAUAGCAAUGAUGAUAAUAUGGAUGGAUCGCAAACUGAUGAUGACAAUGAAGAUGAGUCGUUGAUAGAUGGUACUGACGAUGGAGGUGAAGAAGAUGAUGCCAAAAUUCAAAAAGUAGCCACUCAGGUGUGUAAUAAGCUCCAAGCCAUGGAUUUUAUUUAUUUGAUAAAAGAAGUUCUCUGUUGGUUUUGACUUUAACUUAUAUUUGUUUACAUCCCCAGCUUCGUUAAUAUGGCAAUGGCAAAUAGAUUAGCUUAUCUUUUCUGCGAUCUAACGAUGUAAAUUUUCUUAGUUUGUCUAAACUUGGAUAAAUCCUGUGACUGAGUUGUAAAGAGGAGACCAAAGAUUUUUAUAGUAUAUUCAGUCAAGCCCUUGAGCUCUUAAAUAUAUGUAUAUAUAUCUGUGUACAUAUAUAUAUAUGUAUAUUGCAUCAAAAUCUUUUCUGCACCAAGAGUAGGCUAAAAGAUUAGUUUUUUUAAUAAGUUCCAGUUACUGGUUUUUUAAAUCGUGACAGCGUUUUUUAAGGUAUAUGUAUCGUUUUGGAAAUAAUUGUCCCCUGCGGGUUUUAAAGUAACGUGCUUGCUUCUGUGGGAUGAAGCCCAAAUCGGCAGGAGACGGCCAUAUGUGAGAGAAUAUAGCAUGCUGCCUGCUUUACUUUUCAGACUUUUAGCUGAUGUCAAUGUUAGAUUUGUUAGGACAGCUAAUUGAAAAAACAAUUGGCUAUUAGUAUAGGUCCAUCUUUAUAAUCAUCAGUUGAUUUCUAAAAUAAAUAAUAUGUGGCUAUUCUUAACAGUCAAUUUACUGGAUAAUAAUAUAUAUGUAAUAUUUUUAUUAGCUACAUCUAAUUUUGUGUUAGGACUAUCAUUUCUGUAUUUUUAUUAACAACAGCACCGUGCAUUUUAAAUCGGAUUUGUGGGAUGCUUGAAACACAUUUACAUUAUAUAGAUUUAUAAUUUCUCAACAAUGUGGUUGACAAACAUUUCUCAUCUGUGGACGUUCUGUAUUUCCACCAAUUUAUAAACGAAAAUCCUUACUCUCUUUCCUGUGGCUGGUGGCUUUGUCAAGUUUGGGAUCACUUGGAAUAUUCUCUGAGUUUCCCUUUGUCAUUUUGAACUUAGGGAAGUGUUUUUCAGCGCGAUGACUUUGAUGAUGACUCUGACGAGGAUUAUAGUGAAGAUGAAGACAUGCAAUCACCAAUUGAUGAGGUCGAUCCAUUUAUUUUCUUCAUGGAAACCGUACAAGGUAAAAAUCCCCACUUUCCAAAGUUCCUUGCAGCGCAGCAUUUGGCCUUGGUCUGACCCGCAUGUUUCCUCCCUUUAGCUGUGCGAGCAUCAGAUCCGGCUAGGUUUCAAAACUUGAUGCAGAGUCUGGAUAUCAACUAUCAGUCUUUAGCCACCAGUGUAGCCCAACAUGCCGGGCAAAGAAAACUUGAAAGAGAGAAGGAGAAGCUGGAAAAAGCAGCCUUGUCGUGA